AUGCCACGUUUUGGAGACACUAACGAGAAUUUGGAAAAUUAUGGCCGAAGUUGUACAUUUGUUGAAUGCCUCCUUUGUGAUUCUCGAAUUCUUGUAUUGGAAUCUUUAGCUCAAAGACACUCGCAUCAAUUUGAAGAAUUUUCUACCAAUAUUUCUCAAGGCGCUACAUUUGGAGGAAGUAUGGACAGCGGCGAUCUUUUACUUCAGCAAGAAAAACAUCAUCAAGAAAUGCCUAUUUGUACAAAAUGUCAAACUCAAGCCCAACGAAAUAGAACACUUAACAGAUGUCCUUUGAUAAGUUGUGUUUGUGUUGGGGGCAAACGAAAGAUGAAACCUUCAAGAAAUAUUCCUGACAAAUUUGGAACGCUCAAUGCCGUUCAAAAACGAUUUCUUAUUAACAGACUGAAAAUGCCCCCAACUUCAAACAAAUGCUGUACAAAUUGCUUCAAAAGGAUUUCUAAAGAUAUUGAAGAUGAAGAAGAAUUAUUAGGCGAACAAAAGGUGCCAGAGGGGAUUGGAAUUAAUGAAGUUGUUUGGCCAUUAGAGGGCCAACCACCUUUUAAAGAAUUAAAAUUAGAUGAAGAAACAGAAAUAGAUGAAGAAACUAAAAGUUUGAUGAAACUCAAAAAGGAAUUGGACGAUCAAGAGGAACAAAUUCAAAGUGAACGUCCUCCACUUGGUUCUAUUACAAAAGGUACUCCUAACCGUUUGAGAAGUUUAUUAAUUGAAACUUCAUUAGCUUCUUUAGCUCAAUCUUCUUCCACCACUACUUUAACAACUGAAGCUACUAAUACAAAUUUGUUAGACACUUCAAAACAACAAACAAUUCAAGAUCUUUUGGCUAAAUUUUCCAUUGCAAAUUCAAAUAAUGAUACAGUUGCAGCAACGGAAUUAGGGUUUCAAAUAAAUAAAUUACUAGAAACUUUUCCAAUUGAAUUAUUGUUUGAUAAUCUUCAGCAACAAACACAAGUACAACAACAACAAAAUUUUGAAGAAAUUAAAUUACCUAAAGAAGUUGUUGAAGUUAAAGAAGAAAAAAUUGUUAAACAGCCAGAAGAAUUACCUUCUAUUAAUUUACAACAGCAACAACAACAAAUCCGUCCAAAGAAAGUUGUAGGAAAUGAUAUUUUGAGGCGAAAAUCUGGUCUGGCAAAUGUUCUUCUUCCAUCUCCUGUUGCUACCUCCUCCGAAUCUUCAGUUACUUCAGCAAAUAUAAGAGGUAUUUCUCAUAGUUUUUCAUCUUCAACAACACGUUUUUUACCAACUGGAGAGACUGAAAAUCUACAGCAACAACAACAAUUACCACAACAACCAUUUACUGCAUCCAUUCCUUCUAUUAUUGAAAAACCAGUUUUGGAACAACAACAAACGGCUAAUUUAACAAUAAAAACUUUAAACGAAAUAUCCUUUCCAAAUAUACCAAAGGCGGAAUCUACACAAGACCAUCUAUCCUCUUGUUACGAGUCACUUUCUGAUGAUAGUGAUGAUGAACGAGAAAAAAAGCAAAAUCAGAAACAACAACAGAAACAAGAACGACAACAGAAAAAUAAUCAAGAUGAUGGUAUGGAAGCUUCCAAAAAUCCAAUCAAAAUCACAACGCAACAAAUUCAACAAUUAUCAACAACAUCUUCAGAUAAACCUACACCAAUUUCAACUCCUCUACCUACUUUUAUGUCUUUAUUUGAUCUUAUGUAUGAAGGAAAUGAGAAAAAAGUAGAGGAAGAUGAACAACAAAUAGCUGGAACUUCUUGUAGCAAUAUUUCUCCUCAAUCUACUACUACAAUAAUAUCUCAACAACAACCAACAAUUUCUAAUUUCUUUCAAACAAUUCCAACAACUAAAAUAUCUGAAAAUAAAACAAAUGAAGGGGGAGGAGAAGGAUGUUUAUACGAACCGCUUUCUUCAGAUGAUGAGCCAUAA